GAAAAUUAUAUUUUAUUAAAAGAAUAUUUAAUUAGCUACUUAUAACCGUUACAUUAGUAAUAGAAAUAUAAAUCACUAUUCAGUAUACUAAUUGUGUAUUCAACUAAUCAACUAAUAUAAAUUAUUCACCAAUAAUGUUUAAAUCCAUUUUAAUCUUGUCAAUAUUAUCUAUUGUAUUUUCAUUUGUCAAAGUUAAAUGUGCUGUGACACCGCCUGAAAAUGAAAUGGAACGAUAUCCAUUUAUACCUUAUGAAUUACCAUAUACACAUGAUGAACUUGAUCAAUAUUAUUAUCCAAAUUUACGUGAUUCAUUAAUUCGACGUCUUAUGAAAAGAAAAUAUUAUAUAUCACAAAGACUUGGUAAAUAAAUCUAUCAUUUAUCUAAUGAAUAACCGAUUAUAAUUGAAUCUAAUAAAUAGACUGUAUUAUUAAAACAAUAAAUAGAUUAAUUACAUCAUGUCAUCAUUGAAUUCAUAUAGAGAUACAUUUAUCAUUUCAAAAGAAAAACAAUGUAAUUGUAUUAUGAUUUAAAAAAAACCCUGCAAAAUAAACAUUUAA